CCUUCUGUGUAGUGCGCCAAUUGAAGUAAAUGGUCGAACGCGUUGCAUUUUGCUCGGCAGAACUGAACUAGUUUUUAUCUUAAGUAACUACUGUUUUAUAUUUUAUUUUAGUCCGUUCGUUUUUUAUAGCUGCACAAAAUGUUUUGGGGUCUGAUUAUGGAGCCGCAAAGGCGCUACACACAAAAAGUGAAGAAGGCCUUCCACAUCUCGAUGGCGUCGUUGGACAUCUCCGCCGGUUCGGAUGAACCAUCGCAAAUAAUGUGCGGAUACGAUGGUCGCAACUAUUUGCUAUGCACCCUCAGGAAGCCGGACUUGAUCCAAUGCCCACUCGACUUGAAUUUCGAAGCCGGCACCGAGGUGUCUUUCGCGGCGAACGGAAAGAGCCACAUACAUUUGACCGGAUACUUGAAUGAGGAGUUGGAAGUUGAUGAUAUGGAUGAUUUGGAUGAAGAAGAUGAUCUGGAUGAGGACGUCGAAGAAGAAGUGGAGGAAGAGGAAGAGACUGCCGUGAAUAACAAGAAACGGAGCCAGAAGGCGUCGGAGAACGGACCGCCAAAGAAGAAAUCUAAAACGGCUGUCGUUACAAGCACACAGGCCGAAGAAGAGUCUGAUGAUGAAUUAGAUGAUGAGGAGGGCGAAGAAGAAGAGUCCGAUGACGACUUCUUUGAGGCAGAAGAAGAUGAAGAAGAGGAUGGGGAGGAAGAGGAAGAAGCGUCGAGUCUUAGCGAGGAAGAAAACGAAUCUCCUGUUAAGUCAAAACAACAAGCAAAGGUGAAUGGUGUGGCUAAAAAGAAACAGGAACAGAAACCGGAAAAGAAGAAACCACAACAAGAGGAACAGAAGAAGCAGCAGCAACAGCAGCAACAACAACAACAACAACAAAAGAAACGCACACUUUCAGGUGGUGUGAUAAUUGAGGAUCUGAAGGAGGGACAAGGUAAACCGGCGAAGAACGGCAAGUUUGUCAGCGUGUACUAUGAAGGACGCUUGAAGUCGAACAACAAGAUGUUCGAUUCGACGACGAAAGGUUCCGGAUUCAGCUUCAGACUCGGCACCGGCGAAGUGAUAAAAGGUUGGGACAUCGGUGUUGCGGGCAUGAAACAGGGCGGCAAGAGACGGAUAACUUGCCCGCCUCAAAUGGCUUACGGUGCCCGAGGUUCACCUCCGGCUAUUCCGCCCAAUUCCACUCUCGUAUUUGAUGUCGAGUUGCGUAAAGUUAAUUAAUUAGGCGGAGUGUGAUGUGGUGCAAGAAUGUAUGCGUCGUCAUUAAUGACAACACUGAUUUUUUUCUUUUAUGUUAUGUACUACAAUAGUUGUGUUGAAUCAACGUGUUAUUUUCUAUCAAUAAAACUAUUUAAAUAAUCA